AUGGCUGCAUUACAUGAACCACUGCGUUUCUUUCUUCUUCUUCUUCUUCUCUUUCGAGGCUUCACAGUAAUCUUCGCAGCAGCUCCUCUUGCAGACCAAGACGCAAGUCCUCCACCUCCUUCUUUGCUGCCAUCGUCGCCGCCGCCCCUGCCACCUUCACCACCUACUCCACUCUCGCCUCCAACGCAACCCUCGGUGCCUCCUCCGACACCACCAGGUCCUCCCUCUCCUCCGCCGGCGUCACCACAAGCUCCACCGUCGCCCGCAUCACCAUCACCACCGCCAGUGCCUCCGCCACCACCUCCAGCUUCACCUUCGGUUCCAAGCCCACCACCACAGAAGGGAGCAAAAGGUCCACAGAAGGGUGUCAGUGGGGGACAGAAGGCUGGGAUUGCGAUCGGCGUUCUUGCCGCCGCGGGAGCAGCAGGCUUUGGAGGCAUGGUGUACAAGAAACGCCGGGAUAACAUUCGCCGAGCAAGAUUUGGACAUUCUGCCAGAAGGCCCCAUCUCUAG